AUGAGAGCUGUCCUCAUCCAAGGUGCUGAGGAGCACCCUGCUGCAUUUUGCUACCAGGUAAAUGGGUCUUGCCCCAGGACAGUCCAUCCCCUGGGUAUCCAAUUGGCUAUCUACCUGGCCUGUGCAAUAGGCAUGCUGAUUAUAGUUCUAGGGAAUUUGUUUGUGAUAUUUUCUGUGUCCUACUUUAAAGCCCUUCACACUCCCACCAACUUCUUGCUGCUUUCCCUGGCACUGGCUGACAUGUUGCUAGGCCUACUUGUAUUGCCGCUCAGCACCAUCCGCUCCGUGGAGAGCUGCUGGUUCUUCGGGGACUUCCUCUGCCAUCUGCACACUUACCUGGACACCGUCUUCUGCCUCACCUCCAUCUUCCAUCUCUGUUUCAUCUCCAUUGACCGCCACUGUGCCAUCUGUGACCCUCUGCUCUAUCCCUCCAAGUUCACCAUCAGAGCAACACUCAGGUACAUCCUAGCAGGGUGGGGGGUGCCAGCAGCUUACACUGCCCUCUUCCUCUACACAGAUGUAAUAGAGAUGGGAUUCAGUCAGUGGCUCAAAGAGAUGCCAUGUGUGGGCAGUUGCCAGCUGCUAUUCAAUAAGUUUUGGGGCUGGUUGAACUUCCCUGUAUUCUUCUUCCCCUGUCUGAUCAUGAUCAGCUUGUAUGUGAAGAUCUUUGUGGUUGCCACCAGGCAGGCUCAGCAGCUCAGAACCUUAAGCAAGAGCCUUUCUGGGGUUGCCAAGAAUGAGAGAAAGGCUGCCAAGACCCUGGGCAUUGCUGUGGGCAUAUACCUCUUGUGCUGGCUCCCCUUUACUGUGGAUACGAUGGUCGACAGCCUCCUUAACUUUAUUACACCACCACUGGUCUUUGACAUAUUUAUCUGGUUUGCUUACUUCAAUUCAGCCUGCAACCCCAUCAUCUAUGUCUUUUCUUACCGAUGGUUCAGGAAGGCACUGAAACUCAUCCUGAGUCGGGAAAUCUUCUCACCACGGACAUCCACUAUUGAUCUAUACCAAGAAUGA